AUGGAGUAUCCCUACAAUAGCUCCGACCUAGACUCGGUCCUCAAAACACUAUCGGGUCUAGCGUCGCAACAGCAAUCAUCUCAGAAUACAUCGACACCACCCAGUCGAUCAGAAACACCCCAGCAAAGGCAACAGCGACCAAAAGAGCUCCAUUCCGCUCCACGCCCACAUUCCAAUUCACCCAAACCAUCCACCUCAACUACAGACGCAUCAACCAUCACCACCUGGCCCGCCGCACUCCGCCAUGUGAUGCGGUCAGUCGGCCAAAAUGAAGAAACCCAACUUCGCAUCCGCGGCCUUAUCCACAGCCAACAUAGCCACGAGCGGCAGUGGUGGAAGAGUCGCGAGGCAUUAAUAUCGAGGCAACAGUCCCGCGGGGAGAAGAAAAAAGAGCUCGACGCAGUAUUACGAUCCAUCGGCGCACCCGUUGAUCAAAAGGACAUAUCGACAGCUCAAGAUGAAAAAGCCGAACUGGACAUCUACGAUGCCAAGGUCUACAAAGUCUCGGCGAAAAUGGCUACGGCGCUCGUCUCGGAACUGCGAGGCUUGGAUAUUCCUUUCUUUGCCCUGAAGCAGAGUCUUGUCGUUGAGUCGGAUCGCCCGUCUGAGAUCGAUGGAUUGAAUGCUGGUAAAGUGACUAAAUCUGAACUGGUUGAAUUGCAACGACGGAUGCUGGGGUUGCUUGAGGAUUUAUGUAAAGAGUGA